GCGCUGAGGACUAACAGCGGACCAUUCAUCCUUUUUCAGAUGCACUUCAGUCCUCUGCAACAGGAGCGAGAUUUCGUUUGGGAAAGUUUUUUUUAUAGAAACCAAAGUAAGCCUGGACAGAACUAGACAAGGGAAAAGUUGAGAAGUCACAAGUCCAGUCUUUCUUUCUUAUUUCUUAAUUUUCAUCCUCAGCUCCUUUGUUUUAGCCUAUUUGUUUCUCCACGUUUGGACACGGUGAUGCGUGCUGUGCUCUUCGCACUCUACCUGCGGUGAUGGGCCCGGCCGAGAGAUGAGCAGCGGGCGGUGUGGGGGUGCCAGGGGCGCACGAGGAGGUCUGGACGCUAAGGUCACACAGUGAGAUAAGGUCGAGGCCGCCUCAUGUGUCAGACCUCCUCUGUGUUCUAGUCCCCACCGACCCCCAUCCUCCAAGCAUCAUUGGGAUGUCCCAGGUGUGUCUCCUCUUGGCCUUGCUUAUGCUCUUCAGCUCUGCAACAAAGGUCUCUUGUACUAACUCCUUGGAGCUUGUGAAGGAGCAGUGGAGCAGCUACAGAAACCAGUGCCUGGACUACCUCAACGCCACGCCCCCCGCCACAGGGUUGGUGUGUAACAGGGCAUUUGACCUGUACGCCUGCUGGCCUGACGGACUCCCAGGAACCACUAUCAAUGUCUCCUGCCCAUGGUUCCUGCCAUGGUACCAUAAAGUUCAGCAGGGUGUGGUCUACCGAGUCUGCAGUGAAGAUGGUCAAUGGGCUCCAAAGAACACCAGCGAAUGUGAGGACGACCCUGGUGAGCACCAGUAUGGCCGCAUCCUCAGUCAGUUACGGAUCAUGUACACAGUGGGCUACUCGCUCUCCCUGGGAGCUCUGCUACUGGCCCUGGGAAUCCUUAUCACCUUCAGGAAGCUCCACUGUAUGAGGAACAACAUCCACAUGAACCUGUUUUCCUCCUUCAUCCUGAGAGCCGUGUCCAUCCUGGUCAAAGACGCCCUGCUGACCCUCACACUGGACCCCAGGAGCAACAGUGACACCCGGACACAAGCCUGGGUCAACAUACCGGCUGUUACGUGGUGCCGUGGUGCCAUGGUGAUGAUGCAGUACAGCGUGAUGGCCAAUAACUAUUGGCUGUUGGUGGAAGGCAUCUACCUACACAGCCUGCUAGUCAUCACUGUCUUCAGUGAGAGGAAGUACUUCUACAAUUACCUGGCCAUUGGCUGGGGUGCACCACUUGUAUUCGUGUUGCCGUGGAUCACAGUGAAAUAUAUGUAUGAGAACGAGGAGUGCUGGGAGAGGAAUAUUAACAUGGGAUAUUGGUGGAUCAUCCGUUCUCCUAUACUGUUUGCUUAUCUGAUUAACUUCUUCAUAUUCAUAAGAAUUAUCAAAAUCCUGAUGUCUAAACUCAGAGCUCAUCAGAUGAGAUACACUGACUACAAGUUCAGAUUAGCAAAAUCCACUCUGACUCUCAUUCCUCUGCUCGGAAUUCAUGCCAUCCUCUUCACCUUCGUCAUUGAUGAGUCUGUCCCUAAAGGCUCCAUGCUGCGCCUCAUUCGCCUCUUCUGUGACCUGCUGUUCAACUCUUUCCAGGGCUUGCUGGUAGCCAUCCUGUACUGCUUCGUCAACAAAGAGGUGCAGUCAGAGAUGUUAAAAAAGUGGAAGAGGUGGAAGCUGGGUAAAGAUAUCGAUGAGGAGUACCGCCACACCCACAGCCACACUCCGCACAUCAAGAGCGGCAGCAUUGCCACUGGCAAUCUGCCCUAUCUCCAAGACAACAAUGCCAGUGAUCCCGGCGGUGACUCACCUCGCCUCAACAAGGUUGACAGAGACCCCACCUGCUCCACCGCAUUGGAGGACAACCGCCGACUAGUUGUCUCCUACAGCAACGGGACAAGGAAAGGCGGGCUCGCCAAGAGCAGACACACCCUGCAGUUCUCUUUCCUGCUACACCGAGGCGCUGGCAGUAACGUGACCACUACCACAGAGGACGCGCGUUUGCAAGAGAAGGUGCAGUGCCGCACGUCCCCUCUGGACGGAGAGGAGACAAAUGUAUGAAGACAAUAUGCUCUGAGGCAUCUUCACGAAAACUCUUACUGUUUGUGCUUAUCGAUGUUUCGGAUCAGUGUUUACCAUGCGCCAACAAAACAGCCUGAGUGGGAAGUCAACGAGCAAGUAACCCACACAGAUCAUAACGUUUUAACCUGCUCAGCUGCAGAUUAAUAUUUAUUGUUUUUGGGACAUUAAACAAAAAAUCACUUAUUGACUUCAGACAUUAAGAAUAAUAAAAUAAAUUAAAAAGAAACUUGUGUGUGUGUGUGUGCGCGCGUGUGUGUGUGUGCCUGCGUGUGUGCGUGUGCGUACAUGGAGGACUACCAUUUCGCCAACUCUGCAACUAAACUCUGCUCACAUCUUUCCAUCUGUACUGUUACUGCCGUUGUGAGCUGCGUAAGUGUUGUUUGUGAGUUUGCAGCACUGGAUGCUUAUUUCUGGUAGCCUACUCUCCUACCAAAACAAAAAAAUCAAAAGUGUCACUUUUUAAGGGGGUUUUAUGAAACAGAAUGAGGACUUCACCAAGCAUGAGUCAAGAUGCCUUUUCUCAUAUACUCAGAUUCUCAUAUCUAGAUGAAAGAAGAACUGAGAGACUAGACAUCACUGACUGUCAUCAUGCAGUGCUUGCGAUGUUGAGGCCGAGGAUGGAUGCUUUGAUCUUCAGAGAGACUAUAAUGUUUAAGUUAUUUUGGUUUUAAAUGAACAAUGCCAAACAAGGAAAUACUAAGAAGCCAUGAUGGGAUUUAUAAUAAAUCAGUUGGAUUAACCAGGCAUCAUAUCUACCUUUUCAUGCACAUUCCUUCCUCCCUUUUUGUUAAUAACAACUCCAUCCUUCGCCUUUUGAAACAGAUUUUCCUGACUGAAUGUAUAUGAACAAUGGAGAAAUUUGGGGUGGAAUAAUUAUUAAAGUGUAUGUAUGUAAAUAGAAAUAUGCCCAUAUCACUUGCAUUUAUGAGACAUAAUUUGCAUUUUUUAUUUGUCUUCAUGCAGAAAAUUCUAUUCUCUAUAUUUUAGUUUAGUGGAUGAAAUUUUUUUUUCAGUGUUUUAGUGUUCGUUCAUAAACCAAAGUACCUCACAAAGUAUCUUGCAUUAUUUCAUAACAUUGUACAGUAGACUAUGGCAAACACAGAACCUAAAGUGAUUAUCUACACAAUAGAAAAAGUAAUUUUAUGUGCCAGAAAGGUUUUCAUUUCAUAUAAAAAAAUAAAAAAAAAUUCUGAAACAAGAACGACAUUUACAACAAAGUAGUCUCUAUUCAUGACGUUCCAUUUUGGGAUUGUUCCGGGGCCACAUGAAAAUCUGCCAGAUGCGUGUUGGAAUUUUAAACUCCGGUGGAUUUAUGAGGACUAUGGUCAACUGCUCCUCAGAUCUCUGGAUGGUAAAUUGAGACAGCUAGCUAGACUGUCUGUCCAAUCUGAGUCGUGGAGAGGUUUCCGGAAGUGGAAUGUCAAGGAUACAGACUAACAAAAGAGUAACCACCUGAUAAUUAUUUUUUAUUAUAGCGUUAGUUAUAUUUUUCUGCAGAUUGGAUCAGGGAUCAUAUUUCAUCACUCAGAAAGCUAAAUGUGCCACACAGAACCACUUUUAUAAUUUUGGAUUAAGAAAAUGGGUAAAUUAAAGGAUUGGAGUUUUUAAACUUAUAAAUUUAGUUCAGAAAUGGCCUGGGUUUAAUUUUUGAUAUUUUCCAAAUUUGAUCAAUUUCAGUCACCCGAGAGCCAACAAGGAUUUUCACAAAGGGAUUUCUGAUGACCUUUUUGAUCAAGGAUUGUAAACAAAUAUACAGUUUGAAAUGUAACGGAGCCAAGAGCACUGUAAAUAUUGAUAAAAGUAAAUGCCGGUAUUAUAAAGACAAAGACGUGGGUGAA